AUGAGCCUAAUUCCUGCUCUGGAGCUCUCGUCGCUGCCUGAGAAGGGUAGAGUUCUCGAUAUGUUGUUUGAACCGUGUGAUGUGCUUCGAGAAUUCCUUAUCUCUGCGCUCUUAAGCCAUAAUGAAAAAUACGAUUCUUAUGACCAAUUUAUAGAAACAGCCAGGAAACUGUUACUAGAUUUUCUUUUAAGCGCUGAACUCGAAGCGUCAUCAGGAAAGCCAUUGGACCCUCGGAUUUCCAAGAUUAUUGCUGCACACCCUCGUCUUGGAGCUCCCAAACCAUCGCAACCAGGAGAGAAACUUUCCGAGCAUUCAGCAGCAGAACAAAAGUCUCUAGCAGAUGCAGCCGAACAGUUGGGAUACUGGAACGAAAAGUACGAAGAAACGUUUCCUGGUCUUCGCUACGUGGUGUUUGUCAAUGGAAGAUCUCGCGAUGUGAUAAUGAAAAAUAUGAAAGUAAGAAUAGAAAGAGGAGACAUUAAGAAAGAGAGAGUGGAGGCAUUCAAUGCUAUGUGUGAUAUUGCCCAUGACAGGGCACUGAAGGCCAAGUUGUGA